UAUUGUAUGUAUGGACCUAAUUGGUCACUUAUUGCAUAUGAAAAGAUUGCGUGCCCCUUUAACUUGCAUGGACUUUGUUUGUUUAUUUUCAUUCCCAUCAAACUGUGCUGUAGCCUGUUAAAAAAAUCCUUAUCAAUGUUUGAAGAAAUGUCCUCAACCUUUAUAUCGACUGCAGGAGGUAUAUAAACCCAAGCUUUAAAUCACACAUCAGAUCACCUUGUGCAACCGAUUGGUUUUGCUGAGUCACUGGUCUUGGAACGAUGACUUCAAGAGCUGCGUUGCUGUUCUUCUUGAUAUUGGCCAUCACGGCUGAUAGCACUGCUUUGCUGGUGACGGACUGCGAGGCGUGCAGCAUGGACGCAGCAUGCCAGAGCUCUCAGGGGGCCCAAAACGUGACCCCGACAUGCAGCUGCGCGGCCGGCUUCGUGGGAGACGGCAUUUCCUGCUACAACCGCACGGCCUGCGACGGCGCCGCCGCGUGCUGCAGCCACCCCGGCUACCGCUGGUCCUCGGAGCAAGGAUGCGUGGACACGGACGAGUGCACCUCCCCCGAGGCCUGCACCUCCCCUCUGGUCUGCGAGAACACGCCCGGCUCAUUCGGCUGCGUGAUGCCCAGGGAGGGGAAACUCCAGGAGCCCGGCGCGGACCCGAGCGCCCGACCCGAUUCCGACCCGGACUCCCACCAGCGUUCCGACCCCGGUUCCGACCCGAGCUCGGACCAGCGGUCUGUGUCGUUCGGCUGCGGCGGCGUGACCUGCCCCGCGGGACAGGACUGCCUCCUCAUUAAUGGCGUCCGCCGAUGCCUGGACCCCUGCCGGCACUACUCGGUGUUGGAUGAUCCGUGGCGAGCCACUGACCACAGGAUGUCAGGCAGGGCGUCGUGUGACAGAACAGGCAACUGGCAAGGCUGGUACCGCCUGUUCCUGGGGAAUGCCAGCGUGCAGAUGCCGGAGAGGUGCGUAGAGAUGAGCAUGUGCGGGACCCACGCUCCGCUCUGGCUCCCAGACCGCCACCCAGAACUGACGGAUGGAAUCGUCAGGAGCCGCGUCUGCGGGAAGUGGAACCAUGACUGUUGUUGGUUUCAGUCCAACCAGAUCCACGUCAAGGCCUGUCCUGGAAAUUUCUUUGUCUAUAAGUUUGUCGACACAUCUGCCUGUUCUUUGGCCUACUGUGCAGAUGUCAACACCGCAGUGUGUGGUACCUGUGGAGAAGGUGAAACCUGUGUGAGUGAGGACAAAGUGAACUGGAGGUGUGAGAUACAGGCCAGUGCCCAGAUCAGACUGGUGAAUGGAAGUGAUCAGUGCUCUGGCAGAGUGGAGAUCUACCAUGAUGGCCAAUGGGGGACGGUGUGUGAUGACUUCUGGGAGAUAGAAAACGCUGAGGUGGUGUGUAGACAGGUGGGCUGUGGCACAGCUGUGGCUGCCCCAGGCAUUGCCCACUUUGGACAGGGCAGUGGGCCCAUUUGGUUGGAUGAUGUGAGGUGUUCUGGAAAUGAAUCCACCCUGGCACAGUGCCGGCACCCGGGAUUUGGGGUACACAACUGUGUUCACAAUGAAGACGCUGGUGUGGUUUGCUCAGACAGUUCCCAGAUCAGAUUGGUGGAUGGGCAAAAUCAGUGCUCUGGCAGAGUGGAGAUCUACCAUGAUGGCCAGUGGGGAACGGUGUGUGAUGACUUCUGGGACAUAAACGACGCUGAGGUGGUGUGUAGACAGGUGGGCUGUGGCAGAGCUCUGGCUGCUCCAAACUUCGCCCACUUUGGACAGGGCAGCGGGCCCAUCUGGUUGGAUGAUGUGAUGUGCUCUGGGAGUGAAUCCUCUCUGUCAGAGUGCCCACACCCUGGGUUUGGGGUACACAACUGUGGUCACAAUGAAGAUGCUGGUGUGGUUUGCGCAGAGUCGCACACCCCAGAGCUGGUGUGUGGGCAGAGCACCAUGCAGUUUGGGUUACGCAGAGCUCACCUGCAAGAUGCAGGGCUGGACCCGUCGAGCGCACACCUGGCUAACUUCCGCUGCACCGCGUAUGUGCACCACAACGGCAUUUUCUGGUUUUCGGUGGUUCGCAGAGUGGGGAGCUGCGGGACCCAGCUGAGGACAAACAGCACCCAUGCCAUUUAUUCCAACAGUUUAUUUGUUUACCCUGUUGCCGUGGGAAGUGUAAACUUUUCCAUCCCAGAGAGAUUUCCAUUCUCCUGCGUGUAUCCUCUGGAUGCAGAGGCCAGCCUGGAUGUGGCCGUCGGUCCCUAUUUGUCAGUGGAGGGGGCAGUGGUGGGGGUGGGCCCCAGGUCCAGCGCAGCCAUGGCUCUCUACCGCAACGACAACUACACAGACCCCUACUCCGCGGGCGCGGUCGUCCUGCCCCUUGGCUCCGCCCUCCAUGUGGGCGUGUCUGUGGAGGAGGCAGCUUCAGAUAGGUUUGCUGUCGUUCUGGAAAACUGCUACUCCACGCCCUCUGCUGACUCAAAUCACCCUGCGCCCUUCUUCCUGAUUCAGAACAGGUGUCCUAGCAACAGUCGCCUGGUGAAGGUGGAGGACAGCGGACCCUCUCUCCCCGGCCGUUUCACUGCCUUGGUGAACUUAUUCUCUGGUGACUAUGACAACAUCUACCUGCACUGUAGUCUGAGCAUGUGCGACCCCACACAGGCCGGCUGCUCCCAGGCAUGCAGGUCCAGAGUGUCCCGUUCUAUCUCCCUUGAGAAUCCCCUGACCAUUGGACCCAUCUCCUGGGAGAAGGUGGCCAGAGAGGACACCUUAGCAUUCGCGGGAGCAUCAGAUGAAUGAAUCUGCGUCCCGUGUCCUGCCGCCUCUUUGUUUGUACCUGCCUUGAUUGGUCACUUGGAUUUCAGCCAUUAGAUCUGUUUUUUGCCCUUCCCUUUUCUUCUCCGUUUUCUAAUUGGUCACAUGCCUGUCAGUCUGAUAUAUUCCAGGUCUUAUUGGUCACAGCAGACUAUCAGGAUCAAGCUGACCCGUUACAUCCACAUAGAUCAUUAGUACAGUGGAUGGCUUUUUGCCCUUUAAACGUUGUACUCUUUUAGAAACUACAUGAACAGUCCUCUCUGAAAGCACACGGAGGGUCUGCUUGUCGUCUAAAAUAAACCCUCAGCAGUCCGUGAGAUUCAAGCUCAUUACCCACGGUGUGCUAUUUCAAUUGUAGGCAAAAUCCCCAAUUUGUAAUCACAAGACAAGCCUUCAGGGAACCAAAAGAAAAAUCUAGAAAUGCCUCAGCCUACAUAAAAAACCAAUACGGCGGUUUAAACGGAAGUUAAACAGUCGUCUUACAGAUCUGUUAAUUCUACGUAUCAAAAAAGGAAGUCACCUCCUUUAGAAGUCUGAACAAUGCUCAUGAAGAAACCACUGAACAAUAUCACUUACUAUUUGGGAUGUUGGUCCUAUGCCACUGUUUUUUCUUCUUCUUUGCAUUUACUGUACAAAUGUACUUUGAAAUAUAUGUUUCAAUAAAUGACUGCGUGUUGACAUCA